CAAUUUUGCUCUUCUUCUCCUUUCUUCCCGCUGCAGCCACUCGAAAGAAGAAAAAGAAAGAGAACCCAGCCAUGCCUUUGAGAAACCGGUAAAGCUUGAUGAUUUUCCCUUCUUUUCUUGUUCUAGAACCUGAUUUGGAACCCAGAAAUCUCCCCCUGCAGGAAGCUUCCGGAUCUGCUCUGUCCUUCCUCCCCUGUCCGCCGGCUGCUCUUGCUUGUGGGGUGUGAAUUGCUCGGUUUUUUGGUAAGAAAUAGCUCGAAAUUCCCCUUCUCUAGCUUUAAUUGCCUUGGGUUUGCCUUAAUUGCUCUUGUUCCUCCCAUUUUUUGGGUAGAUUACGUGAUUCUUCCCUGCACUUGCCGCCGGCUUCUCUCCCAAACUGCAGCUCGGUUUUGCUUGCUAAAUUAUGGUUCUUGAUCGUUCUGUCAGUUUAGUACGUGGAUUGAGUGCUCGGUUUUAUGCGAGUGAGGAAGUGAAACCGAGGACGGGGAAACCACGGGAAGUGACGAGUUAGAAAGCUAGCCAUUUCGCAAUUGAUAUAGAUUUUAGAAAUAAAUCAUGAUCUUAUCGUGGUGUGAUAAGUUCCGAGCCUUGUGCAUUUGUGGGACCCGUCUCACGAGUGCACGGCGUCUAUCACGCCUCGGAUUUGGGUUCUGGGGCGUGACAGGAGCCAUCCUAAUUUUUCAUGGAGUAAUAAUCAAGUCAGAUUACCACCAGGGGGUUUGCCAAGCAAAUAGUGAAAAGAAUCCAAGGGAGCAAUUGAAGGCUAUCACUUUGAGGAGUGGAAAAGAACUUAAAGAGGUAGGACAAUCUGAUGGGAAAGAAGAAGGUGUGGAAGCUAGUGAAUCGAAGCAAGAGGAGGAGCCUAAAAGACUUUUUCAUAACCCGAAUAUGCCAAGCUAUGCAAAAUUUUUGAAAGAGAUCCUUGCCAAUAAAAGGAAGUUAGAGGAGUUCGAGAUGGUGAAGUUAAAUGAAGAAUGCUUUGCCAUUCUUCAGAAUAAGUUACCUCCUAAGAAACUUGGAUUAGGAGAACCUUCACCUACCACAGUUUCUCUUCAAUUGGCAAAUAGGAGCAUUAAAUAUCUAAGAGGAGUGGUAGAGGAUGUUUUGGUAAAAGUUGAUCAAUUUAUUUUCCCUGUUGAUUUUAUUGUUCUUGACAUGAAAGAGGAUUUUGAAAUGCCUUUAAUUCUUGGGAGGCCAUUCCUUGCUACUGGUAGAGCUCUUAUUGAUGUUCAACAAGGAAAACUUAGUCUUAGAAUACAUGAUGAGGAGAUUGUUUUUAAUGUGUUUGAUGCUAUGAAAAAUUGUAGUCAUGAUGGAAAUGCUGUUUUAAGCAUUGAUGUGGUAGAUAAUUUAGUGGCUGAAAAGUUUAAUGCUUCUAGAUUCGAUGAUCCUAUUGAUAAUUUCAUUGUUAAUGCUUUGGAUGUGAAAGCUGAUAGUGCAGACAAUAACAUUUUGGAGGCAGCAACUAUUCUUGGGGAAAAAUGCCAUAGGUAGCCACAAAAAAAAGGGAAUUUUCUACCCCUAGAUGCACCGUCUAUUAUGAGUGUAAAGCCAUCCAAAGAGGAGCCUUCUACUCUUAAAUUAAAACUGCUUCAUUCUCAAUUAAAGUAUGUUUAUUUG